UUAUACCUCGCUUCUACUGAAUAAAAAUCAGGGUCAUUCUCUCAUUCUCCAAUUAUUAAACCUUCGCGAAUUCAACCUCCAUCAAUAUUUUUAUCCAUUAUUAAAUCCCUUGUAUACAUCCAUUCAAUAAAUCCCGCUAAAUCAAUAUACGCAAGUAAUGACUUGCUAUCUAUAUUUUAUUUUCUCUUUAUUAACCCGUCGUUUUUGGAUUAAUUUUUUACGAAAUUUUAUUUUCCGAAAGCUUUUUCAAUUUAUAUUUUGCCUUGCUUCAAGUUUAUUUAUUUUUAUUACAAUCCUUUUAUUUCUUUAUUUUUUACAAAUCCAACCCUAUUUUAAUACGAAAAAUGACUUUAAAAGUAAAAAUUUGUUUGUUUUACAAAGAACGGUUGUAUUUCCUCGAGGAGGGGAUAACUUGGAAUUUGAUCAGCCUUGGGACUUGUCUGAAACUAAAAUUUAUGAGAAUAUAGAUGAAUUGUUUAGGAAUAAUAAUGCCAAUACUAAAUAUAUUACUGGAGAUUUUACUUACAGGUAA